GGACUACAAGCAUGUGCCCCCAUGCCCAGCUAAUUUUUGUAUUUUUUGUAGAGAUGGAGUUUUGCCACGUUGCCCAGGUUGGUCUCAAACUCCUGGACUCAAGCAAUCCGUCAACCUCAGUUUCCCGAAGUGCUGGGAUUAUAGGUGUUAGCCACCAGGCCUGGCCCUACUUUCUGUUUCUAUAAAUUUACCUGUUCCAUAGAUCUGUCACACAAUAUGUGGUCUUUUGUGACUGGCUUUUUUCACUUAGCAUGAUAUUUUCAGGAUUCAUCCAUGUUUUAGCAUAUAUUAGCACUUUAUUUUUUAUUGCUGAAUAAUAUUCCAUUGUAUGGAUAUAUUACAUUUUGUUUAUCCAUUCGUUUGAUAGACAUUUGGGUUGUUUCUACUUUUUGGCAAUUAUGAAUAAUGCUGCUCUGAAUAUUUAUGUACAAGUUUUUAUGUGGACAUAUGUUUUCAGUUCUCUUGAGUAUAUACCUAGGAGUGAAAUUGCUAUAUCAUAGGGUAACUCUAUUCUUUUUAGGAACUGCCAGACAGCUCCAAAUAUCCCUGGUUCUGUAAUGAAUAUACUUUUGUUUGAUUUGGUGACAUUUUGUAGACUAGGAGGAAAUUUGUCUCAAAAUGGGAACAAAGAAACAUAGCUAUGUUUUCCUCUGGGGUGUCCAAGUCUCAAAGUCUCUUGUCCCUAGAGUUUGCCAAACAAUUUCUGCAUAUGUCACUUAAUCUAAAUCUAAACAAGCCAUUUAGAUUCUGUAGUGACUGGGAACUGUUGUGAAAGGUUUUUUCCUUUUCUUUUCGUUUUUUUUUUUUUUUUUGAGACAGGGUCUCACUCUGUCACCCAGGCUGGAGUGAAGUGGUGCGAUCAAAGCUCAUUGCAGCCUCAACCUCUCAGGCUCGGGUGAUCCUUCUACCUCGGCCUCCAAGUAGCUGGGACUACAGGCACACGCCACCACACCUGGCUAGUUUUUUUUUUUUUUUCUUGGUAGAGAUGGGGUUUCACCAUGGUCCUCAGGCUGGUCUGGAAUUCCUGGGCUCAAGUGAUCCACCCACCUCAGCCUCCCAAAGUGUGGGGAUUACAGGUGUGAGCCACUUCACCUAGCCAUGAAAAGUUUUAUUGUCAGAGAGUUUCCACAUUAGCUGGGUGGAAGAUUGUUGUUAGUCAUAUAGCACAAAAACAUAGAGGCAUUUUUGCCUAGCCUGGAAGGUAGGAGUGGCUGUAGGCAAAAUUUUGUAAGGAUUUACCCUAGGCAAAACUAAAAAAUAAGAAAACUUUAUCUUAAAAAAUAAACUCUCAUUUUCAGUUUUUAUUGCAUCUCUUCUCAUAAACCUGGUUUUCUUGUUCAUUUUGGAUGCCCAAUGACCUUCUUCUGAGUUGCUGACUUGUCCUCUGUCUUCCAAAGUUAGCAGUAUCUGUAUGCUGUUCCUUCCUGGUGGCUAAAUAAAUCAUGUUAAAUGCAGAUGUUAACAGAUGUUAGUGUAUUAAAGUAUUUUAAAAUAGUGAUCUUUGAAGGUACUUUUUUUUUUAAAGAAGGUAUCUUAAGCAUAAAGGAUGAUUUGAACAUUUCAUAUAUUUGAGAGGUAAGAGAGAGAAAUGGGUUGGAUGGAUCUUUUGAUUCUACUAAAAUUGUAUCAUGAAGCUAGGGAUUAUUGACAAAAGGAAACUAAGUAUAAAGAAAACCUCCCUUAACAUACUGUAAGGCAUGACCAAAACUCAAUAAGCUAAGCAUGUAGCCCUGAACCCUCUCACUUAUCAUUGUAUCAGUUUUUUUAGAAAGCAUCCUCCCCCUGCAGUACAUAUGGAGACAUUUCUUCAUGGCGCUUACUGAAAACUUUUGAAUGCCCCUGCUCAAGGAGGAAAUUUGUUGUUACUAUUGUUUUCUUUUGUUUUUGCAUUUGCAAGCAAUUUCCAGAGAAAUGCCUUCAAACUGACCUGAGCGAUAUUUUGAUCAGUGGCCACAUUUCGUUCGGAAGAAUCAUAUACGAAACAGUUAUUUCUGGCCUGUACUGAAAACUUGCUUCACCAUAAAUUAGAUACUGAAAAACUUUCAGAUUAAGCCACAAGUGUUUAGGUAUGUUGGCACUAAAUAAGUUUGUAACAAUGGUUUAUUAUCAGUUUUGGAAUUGUUUAUUUAUUUUUUGUUUUUUAUAUUUUUUUCUGAUUAAAGUUCCUCCUUAGGGACAAAAUUACAGAGUUAGGGGCAAAGCAUGAAACCUGUCCAGUCUUUCUGGUUCACUCACUUUUUUUCUUUCGCAGAGUUUAAAAAAUACAGAAAAAAAUUAACAAAUUAUUAUAAAUCUACCACUCAGAAAUAACAAAUGUUAAAAUUUUGUCAUGUUUCUUUCAUAUAUUAUAUUAUUUUAUUUUAUUUAUUUUAUUUUUUUGAUACAGAGUCUCACUCUUGCUCAGACUGGAGUGCAGUGAUACGACCUUGACUAACUGCAACCUCCACCUCCUGGAUUCAAAUGAUUCUCCUGCCUCAGUCUCCUGAGUAGCUGGUAUUACAGGUGCAUGCCACCACGCCUGGCUAAUUUUUGUAUUUUUAGUAGAGAUGGGGUUUCACCAUGUUGGCCAGGCUGGUCCCGAACUACUGACCUUAGGUGAUCCAUCUGCCUUGGCCUCCCAAAGUGCUGGGAUUACAUGUGUGAGCCACUGAGCCCGGCUGUUUUAUAAAAAUAAAAUGUUGCAGUUGCAGACAACAGAUCCUCCUGUCAAAAGAAGACACAGCUAUAAAAGCAUUUAAAGAAAAAUGUUUCCUUGUGAAGAUGGAUUGCAAGGGAGUUCAGGCUUUAAAAGGACUAGCUUGCCAAAUGAAAUAUACAACAGGAAACUUCAUGGUGUUAUGGUCAACUUGCCGCACAACCGUGUUCAAAUCUGUCACCAACAGGUUCAUUAAAAACCUGGCCUGCUCGGGGAUUUGUGCCAGCCUGGUCUGUGUGCCCUUCGACAUCAUCCUCAGCACCAGUCCUCACUGUUGCUGGUGGAUCUACACCAUGCUCUUCUGCAAGGUCGUCAAAUUUUUGCACAAAGUAUUCUGCUCUGUGACCAUCCUCAGCUUCCCUGCUAUUGCUUUGGACAGGUACUACUCAGUCCUCUAUCCACUGGAGAGGAAAAUAUCUGAUGCCAAGUCCCGUGAACUGGUGAUGUACAUCUGGGCCCAUGCAGUGGUGGCCAGUGUCCCUGUGUUUGCAGUAACCAAUGUGGCCGACAUCUAUGCCACGUCCACCUGCACGGAAGUCUGGAGCAACUCCUUGGGCCACCUGGUGUACGUUCUGGUGUAUAACAUCACCACGGUCAUUGUGCCUGUGGUGGUGGUGUUCCUCUUCUUGAUACUGAUCCGACGGGCCCUGAGUGCCAGCCAGAAGAAGAAGGUCAUCAUAGCAGCGCUCCGGACCCCACAGAACACCAUCUCUAUUCCCUAUGCCUCCCAGCGGGAGGCCGAGCUGCACGCCACCCUGCUCUCCAUGGUGAUGGUCUUCAUCUUGUGUAGCGUGCCCUAUGCCACCCUGGUCGUCUACCAGACCGUGCUCAAUGUCCCCGACACUUCCGUCUUCUUGCUGCUCACUGCCGUUUGGCUGCCCAAAGUCUCCCUACUGGCAAACCCUGUUCUCUUUCUUACUGUGAACAAAUCUGUCCGCAAGUGCUUGAUAGGGACCCUGGUGCAACUACACCACCGGUACAGUCGCCGUAAUGUGGUCAGUACAGGGAGCGACAUGGCUGAGGCCAGCCUGGAACCCAGCAUACGCUCAGGUAGCCAGCUCCUGGAGAUGUUCCAUAUUGGGCAGCAGCAGAUCUUUAAGCCCACAGAGGAUGAGGAAGAGAGUGAGGCCAAGUACAUUGGCUCAGCUGACUUCCAGGCCAAGGAGAUAUUUAGCACCUGCCUGGAGGGAGAGCAGGGGCCACAGUUUGCGCCCUCUGCCCCACCCCUGAGCACAGUGGACUCUAUAUCCCAGGUGGCACCGGCAGCCCCUGUGGAACCUGAAACAUUCCCUGAUAAGUAUUCCCUGCAGUUUGGCUUUGGGCCUUUUGAGUUGCCUCCUCAGUGGCUCUCAGAGACCCGAAACAGCAAGAAGCGGCUGCUUCCCCCCUUGGGCAACACCCCAGAAGAGCUGAUCCAGACAAAGGUGCCCAAGGUAGGCAGGGUGGAGCGGAAGAUGAGCAGGAACAAUAAAGUGAGCAUUUUUCCAAAGGUGGAUUCCUAGCAAGGAUUGUAAAUUCUUGGAAGCAACGGGGAGCUUCCAUAUUCCCACCAGAGUGUGGGAAUGCUGUGGCCAUGUGAUUUUAUGAUCUCCUUGCAACUCAGUGUGAGUUGAUUUCUCCAAUAUGGGCCAGAUGCUUCUGAAUGAUAGGGAAAUCUACAUAAAAUCCAGUGUCCUCUUUAUUGAGGGAGUAUAUAUAUCCAUCUCAGUGAAACAUGUCCUUAGUGAAGUCCACAUUAUUCUCUGUGGGGACAAAAGCUGGGCAGUUUUGAAUGGGUCUUGAGGUGGAUACUGCAUGUGCACUUUCUGGGGAUGCCUCACUUCCCUGGGCUCCACAGAGAACACACAGAGAGAGAAGACUUUCAGAGCUCACAGGAGCAGGGAGCAGGGGCGCUCUAAGGGAAUUCUAAGAUCAUGAUGGAGCAUGGUGGCCCCAGAGAAAAUGCCUGUUUGAUGAACUUAAACAUGUCAAACAUUUUCUAUUGAGAAGAUAGGGAUUUCGCAUCUUACACUGUUUCUCUGGAAGCCCCAGUCAUAUGACUCACUGUUUCUCCUGAUACCCUUCGUCCCUUUCAUUGGGGAUGUAGGUAAGGGAUGACGAUUCCUUACCUAUGGUACACAUGGCAAUAGAUGUGCCCAGGAGUAAGGGAGAUAUUUUGUCCUUGAUAAUUCUCAUUUUCUCUUGGCAUCACCAACGCCUCAGAGAGAUACACCUGCACCCUCCAGUCAGGGUCAGUGUUGGUUGGAAAACACUGAAAAGUCUUCGCUCUGUCUUUCACCUUAAAUUGUGUUUUCUCAACAAAUGAGAGAGAAGCUUACAGGGGGAGAUGCCUGAGAGAUGCCUAUGGCGCUGCAGUUUUUUUCUCUUCCCUAUGAUCUCACAUGAAAGGUGCUAUGUAACAACCAGUAUGAGUCAAGUAUAUUGAAAAAAUCAUCUUAUGCAAACUUUUGGAAUUAAAAGGUAUUUUUUAAAUGGAGUGUUAGUGUAAGCUGGGUCCUUUGGAAACAUCAAACUGAAAAGGCCUGAUUUGGAAAGGUGACUCUGCCCAAAAGGUUGGCAAGAAUCUGACAAAGAUGGUUUCCUUCCGAGGAAGACUCCAGAACUCAGAUGUGGCCAGUCUCCUUUUCAGUCUGUUUGUACAGCUGUGGUUCUCUUUUAAUUUUGGACACAGAGGAGGAACAGAACAGGGAGAAAUAAUCAUUGUAGAGUGCCAAGGCAACAUCUGGCCCAGAUGAGCUCUUCACUUCGUCCUUCCCUGUCUUUGUAGGAGCCAGAGUGGGUAGAAGAGGGAGGGCAGUGUCCUCAACUCAUCAGCCAAACAAGCAAUUUGGGACCCCUCUGGGGUGGAUUUCACCAGGUUGAAUUAGAACCGUAGGUAAUACUUCCCUGUUAGUGAGGACAAACCAAGUGCCAGCUCUGCCCUUUUCUCUAGAGUGUUGUGUUCUUGCUCUUGGUACUUAGGGGAGCUAGUCUGGUGCCUUGAGCAAGCUUGAAGGGAAGUGGGUGUCCUCACCAGCAAACUUCCACAUCUCAACUUGUCCCUUUUGACCACACUGGCCCUGUCUCUCGGAGGGAGCCCAGACCCUGUGGGGCGUUUUGUUUUCCUUUCUUUUCUUGGGUGUGGUGUCUUGUGUUUCCUGAAUGUGAACCCAAAGCCCCUACUCCUGGAGAGGAAGCACCUUCCUCUUUGUGUUGGUCUCCUCAUAGCACUGUUUACUCUCAGCAGAAACAGGGGGCUGCCACAGCCUCCUGCGGCUCCGCUGCCUCCUGAGCCCUGCGUGCAUGGCAUCUAUAGCUCCUUGCCCUGAUGGUCAAUGCUAUGGCCCUUCAAGCUUAUCUUUCAAAACUUUCACAAUCAUUACAAAUUUUAUCAAGGGGAAUAAUAAUCUCUAGGAAAAUUGUGUCCACUUUAGGAGAAUCUGUCAAGUGUAGCCACUUUGGUGUUGUUCUGAUAAUAUACUGUAUAUGUACAACUUAAUAAAUUUUGAUGAGGCAGAAUCUGGUUGGGUAUGUUUCUUAUGUAUGUUUGAAGCAGAUGGCUGACUUCUAACAGGUCAUUGCCAGGUGUAUUUCUAUACUCUUUGAAGAAUAACAUUUUAAUAAAAAAUUGAAAAGCAGUUUCUGAACUCAAGAAAA